UCGAGCAGCAUUUGAAGCUGAUGAUACUGUAGUAAAGUUCUUAUUUUCAAAAAUUUUAAAAUGAAAUUGUAUUGUCUAUCCGGUCACCCAACAUUGCCUUGCAAUGUCCUCAAGUUUAAAUCCACCACCAUUAUGCUGGACUGUGGCUUGGACACCACGUCAGCUCUACAUUUUCUCCCAUUACCUCUCGUGCAUAGUCCAAGAUUAUCCAAGCUCCCUGGGUGGGUGUCCAAGGAUGGUACUUUAAAUCUUGAAAAAGAGCUUAAAGAAUGUGCAGGCCGUGUAUUUGUGGACUCUCAACCAGAAUUCUGUCUUCCUGAGAGAGAGCUCCUGGACCUGUCCACUAUAGAUGUAAUCUUGAUUUCCAAUUAUCACUGCAUGAUGGCAUUGCCCUAUAUCACAGAACACACUGGCUUCACAGGAACAGUGUAUGCUACAGAACCCACUUUCCAGAUUGGCAGGCUGCUGAUGGAGGAGCUGGUUACUUUCAUGGAGAGAGUACCAAAGGCGCAGUCUGCCACCUGCUGGAAGAACAAGGAAAUACAAAGGAUGCUCCCCGGGCCCUUAAAGGAUGCUCUGGAUGUGUGGACUUGGAAGCGCUGUUACAGCACACAGGAAGUCAACUCUGCUCUUAGUAAGGUCCAGCUGGUCGGCUACUCCCAGAAAGUGGAGCUGUUUGGUGCCGUGCAGGUCACUCCGCUCAGCUCCGGCUACUCUUUGGGGAGUUCAAACUGGAUCAUACAGUCACAUUACGAAAAGGUGUCGUAUGUGUCUGGAUCAUCUCUUCUUACUACACACCCACAGCCCAUGGACCAGAGUUCCCUGAAGAACAGUGAUGUUCUCAUUCUGACAGGCCUGACCCAGAUCCCCACCGCCAACCCAGACGGCAUGCUGGGAGAAUUCUGCAGCAACUUGGCCAUGACUAUCCGUGCGGGAGGGAAUGUUCUGGUGCCGUGCUAUUCGUCCGGUGUGAUCUAUGACUUGCUUGAGUGUCUCUACCAGUUCAUGGACUCUGCGAAUCUGGGUACCACGCCUUUUUACUUCAUCUCUCCUGUGGCCAACAGCUCUCUUGAGUUCUCCCAGAUCUUUGCAGAGUGGCUGUGUCAGAAUAAGCAGUCUAAGGUUUACUUACCUGAACCUCCCUUCCCUCAUGCUGAGCUGAUCCAGACCAACAAACUGAAGCAUUACCCUAGUAUCCAUGGAGACUUCAGCAGCGAAUUCCGCCAGCCCUGUGUGGUUUUUACAGGCCACCCUUCUCUGCGUUUUGGGGAUGUGGUUCACUUUAUGGAGCUCUGGGGCAAGUCCAGUCUAAACACCAUUAUCUUCACUGAACCAGACUUCUCCUACCUGGAUGCCUUGGCCCCAUACCAGCCCUUGGCUAUGAAGAGCGUAUACUGCCCCAUUGACACACGCCUCAAUUUCCACCAGGUGGCCAAGCUACUGAAGGAGGUUCAGCCUCUUCAUGUGGUGUGUCCAGAGCAGUAUACGCAGCCCCCCCCGGCCCAGUCUCACCGCUCUGAUCUGAUGUUAGAGCUGCAGCCUCCCCCCAUGCCCUACCGCCGCUGCUCGGUCCUGGGCCUGCCCUUCCGCCGCCGCUACGAACGCAUUCAGCUUCUGCCCGAGCUAGCCAAAUCUCUAGUGCCUGCUGAGAUUAAACCUGGCAUCUCCGUGGCAACCGUGUCAGCAGUUCUGCAGUCCAAAGACAACAAGCACAUACUGCAGCCUGUGCCCAAGCCCGCCCCAGUGCCCCCCAGUAAGAAAAGGAAGAGAGUGAUGGAGGAGCCUCCAGAGCUGCUGAGCCCCAAGCCUCUGCUGAGCGGAGCUGUGCCUCUGGAGCCUUUCCUGGCCACCCUGCAUAAGGUAGGAGAUUUCUUGUUACUUCCCUCCUUGUCUCCAUCUCUCUCUUUCAUCCUUCCUCAGCAUGGCAUUACAGAGGUCAAAGUUGAGGAGACACCAGAGGGCCACAUCCUCCAUCUGCAGACAGAGGACACACUGAUUCAGCUGGAAGAGGACGGCACGCACAUCGUCUGCGGUAACAACGAACCUUUACGCACCACCCUCAGAGACCUGGUCCUGCGUUUCCUGCAAAAGUUAUGAACCCUUCACUUUUCAAACAUUCAGCCCCUGAUCUGAACAACACAGCCAGACCUUAAAAACACAGGCACUGCGCGCUCAACGCCUCAGUCACUGUGCAGGGAAUUACAAUGCUGUGGUUAAUCAGUCAGAGUUAUUGUCCUUGGCAAUGUUUAAAAUGAGAGGAUGAGAUGAGAAGAUCUUAAACACACAGCAGUUUUGUUUUUGUAAGUCGGCCAGAGUAAUAUGGUUACUGUGAUUGCCGUUUGGCGUGUCAUCAACACGCAGAGACGCAGCGCUUGAUUGUUUGUUUGCGUAUCUGCAAACGGUGAGUAACGGGUCCGUAAUUUCCCUGGACGCUUAUGUGAACCACUCUGAGGUGACAUUGGAACAGCGAUGUAAUUUCUGUCAUUUUGAAACACCGAACAAAUCUAAGACAUUAUGUUUCC